GAAGAAAUCGAUUAUACCGAUAUCGAGGAAAAAUAUCAAGUGGGUCUCGAGGAAGGUUUCGACAACAUCUUGGUGAUAGAUGGUAUUCCAAUCGUCGACAAGGGUAAAUUGGAAAAACUCCUGGCGAAGAUCUCAAAGGAGUUCAAUAGGAAGGGUGCCGUGGUGAGGCCAGAUUCGAUGACUGUGCCAUGGAAUGAUGCUGCUGGAAAGAGCCAAGGAUUCAUCUUCAUCGAAUUUCGCACUGCCGAUGAAGCCACGUUUGCAUUGAACGAAAUGAACGGUCAUCCCUUUGAUAAAACACAUACUUUCAGAGUCAACCGUUUCUCGGACAUUGAGAAGUAUGCCAAUUUGAAUGAAACCUACUUGGAGCCAAAGAGGGAAGAAUACCAGUCGAAAGAACAUCUUCGAGCUUGGUUGGCAGACCCUCACGGUCGCGACCAAUAUGUUACUUACCGCGGCGAUGAAGUAGAAAUUCACUGGCACGGCAAGCCGGCGCAGUGUGAGGUAGCCUUUGCUAAAACAGCGUGGACGGAACUGUAUGUUUCGUGGUCGCCAUCAGGCACCUACCUCGCAACAUUGCACCGUCAGGGUAUCCGACUUUGGGGAGGAUCCUCUUGGGAACAUCAACAGCGUUUCUAUCACCCUCUCGUCAGAUUGGUUGACUUCUCACCAUGUGAACAAUACUUCGUCACUUGGUCGCACGAACCAAUCGUAGUCGCCGAGGGUGCACCACAAGGCCCCUCAUUCUUCUCUCCCGAAGAUGAGGGCAACAAUAUCGCCGUCUGGGAUAUCAAAACUGGCCACCUUCUUCGCACAUUUCACAGUAUUCUUCCUGAAGGCGAUAGCUCGAAGAAGCAGAUGGCCUGGCCCGCGCUCAAGUGGAGUGCAGAUGAUAAGUUCGUAGCACGGGUAACGCCGGGUCAACAAAUCAGUGUGUAUGAAUUGCCCAGCAUGGGCCUCCACGGGAAAAAGAGUAUCAGGAUAGAAGGGGUUGUGGACUUUGAGUGGUGCCCUCACAGCGACAAGGACAAAGAAGACGCAGAGAAAGCAAACCAGGCAGUCAACGGUACCGCAAAGAGCUCCAAAAAGAUCAGAGAGAACAUGCUUGCGUAUUGGACCCCCGAGGUGGCUAACCAACCCGCUCGUGUGACAGUUUCCAACUUUCCCAGCCGGGACGUCCUGCGACAGAAGAACCUUUUCAAUGUGACGGAGUGUAAACUUUACUGGCAAAACCAAGGCGAUUUCCUUUGUGUCAAAGUCGAUCGCCAUACGAAGACGAAAAAGUCAAUAUUCUGCAAUUUGGAAAUCUUUAUGGUUCGUGAGAAGGACUUUCCGGUAGAAGUUGUCGAACUCAAAGAUACGGUCACCGAUUUUUCCUGGGAACCGAGGGGCGAACGUUUCGCCAUCGUGUCAAGCAACGAUCCCAAUCUCGGAAAUCCAGGUCCUGGAAUCACGAUCAAAACCGACGUCAGCUUCUACCAGCUAGAACGUGGGAAGGGUGACUUCAAGCUCCUUAGAACACUGGCCUCACGGACAACAAACACCAUUCGUUGGUCACCGCGAGGUCGACAUGUAGUUCUCGCGACCGUCGGAUCGACGUCGAAGUCCGAGCUGGAGUUCUGGGACCUUGACUUCAAUAGUGAUGACGUCGGUCGAAGGGAAGGGCAGAAAGAGGACUGGGGUAGCGGCAUCCAGCAACUAGGUAUCAAUGAUCAUUACGGUGUGACCGAUGUCGAGUGGGACCCCAGCGGUCGCUAUUUGGCGACUGCAGCAAGCGCGUGGACGCAUACACUCGAAAAUGGAUAUGCGAUUUGGGACUUCCGCGGCCAAGAAGUCGAGAAACACAUAUUGGACCGCUUCAAGCAAUUUUUGUGGCGCCCUCGCCCGGCUUCCUUACUCACGAAGGAGCAGAAACGCCUUAUUCGCAAAAAUCUGCGCGACUAUGGCCGUGCAUUCGAAGAAGAGGAUGCGGCGAUUGAAGACACCGCUAGUGCCGAGCUCAUCGCACAUAGGAAACGCUUGGUCGACGAAUGGAACACAUGGCGUACCCGGUACCUGGAAGAGGCCGCAGAGGAGCGACGUGCCAGAGGUCAGAAGCUGGAGCCCAGGGAGCAGGAGGAGGAGCGAGAGGAGAUCGAGGUCUGGAUUGACGAAGUGAUUGAACAAAUCGAAGAGGAAGUUUUGCAUGAGCCGUAUUUGAAUUUGAGCCUCAACGCGGUCUCGUCAUCUUCGACCCUUUGGGCGACAGCCUCUAAGGAAUGGGUGAUCCCUGCUAAACCUAAGCCGGGCCGCAAACCCAAGAAAGAUCCUCCGCCCGCCGUCGCCGUGGAAGAUGAGGCCACAAGCAAGGGCAGACGUGUGCAGAAUCGAGCUGCGCAGCGUGCUUUCCGUGAGCGCAAACAGUCUCAGCUUGCUGAACUCCAGGCGCGGAUUCAAUUGUACGAGCAAGGAGAAAUCGAACGCAAUGUUGCCUUGCAGACUGUAGCAAAACGUCUCAAGGAGGAAAAUGAGAAGCUGCGUCAGGAAAACGUCCUUCUCAAGGACAGAAUCUCUCAGUACGACCAGGAGCGCGAGGAAAAUGAGAUGGAGAACAAAAGGGCCAGAGAUAAUUCGUCCCCUUCUGGCGGAUGCCUGGACCAUCCGUUCAGGAAGAGAGCGAAGCUCUCCGUCGACACAAUCGUGUUGACCGCGCAACCGUCCCGCGCUAUACCUCUCACGCUGAUUCCGUCUCCUCCGUCUAUGGCAUCGUCACCAGACUCUACCGGCUCAUCUGAUGAUAGUUUCUCACCAAUGGCCCUUACCUCAUCUGGCGAAGAGCCGACAAUAUUCCCUACCCAAUUGACUCUCAACGGGAUGUUCAAUUUCCGGACUCAUGGAAAGCAGCCUGCAUAUGAUUCCGUCGGAUCAAUGGACAAUUUUGACUGCGGCUUCUGUAACGAGAAUACACCAUGCGUAUGCAGAGAGUUAGGCAUACAUCAUUCCACGCAGAGACCUGAUAUGGCAUCCGAAGUAUCAUUCAAGGCAGAGGCUGCAGAGGACGAAGCGCCUGGCUUGCAUGACGAGGCGGUGCCUUUGCGUUCGCCCAUCCCUCCUGAACGUGUUUCCAUUCUGGACAACUUGCCCGCCUAUCAGCCUCCGGUUCCUUUGCGUCGCCGCCCUGUAAAUCCAGGUCUCAAGACACUUUUCCCGGUAUCCCCAUCUACCGCUGCCUCCACCACUGCGAAACCGACUACUUCGGCUCCCGCCACAUGUUCGGGCGAUCCAUCAAAUUGUCUGGCAUGCGCAGACGAUGUUUUCGGAAAGGCAUUUUGUACAGCGAUCGGCGAAUCAAUUGCAUCGGACAUACCCUGCGCCGACUGUCCAGACCGCCCUCAAUUCAACGCCGUCAAGAACCCGACCCGUCUCUGCUGUGGAAACCCCGGAAUGUGUGGUAGUAGCUCAUGUGCAUCAUCGAGGCCAUCCCCCUUGACGCUGCCUGACUCUGACAUGUCAACGGAUACCAUACCCACAAACGAUGCAUGGCGUCAAUUGAAGUCUCAUCCAAAUGUCGCUUUUGCUGACCUUUCGCUCCUGGCCGAUGUCGUUGCCCGUCGUUCAAAAUGCACCGGCCCUCGUGUUGUCAUCUCCCCACCCCCCAGAUGUAUCACGCCAGAGCGUACCAAACAUCAUAGACAAACACACUCUCUACCUUCACCCCCCAGAUUGGUACCUCACGAGGAGCUUGUUAAGUGUAGCCGUCCUCGUUUGGUGCGUGAGGUCCACGCCGAAGCUGUGAGGGAUGCUCUACGUUUGCUGGACGCGAAAUUU